CCGCCGGCCAUGCCGACAAGCCGGGCGCCGCGCACGCAGAAGGCGACCGAGCGCCGGCAGAUCCAGUGCCGGAACAACCAGCGCCGGUACCGCGAAGAGGCUCGCGUGCACAUGGCCGCGCUCGAGAAGCAGGUGUACGCGCUCACGCGUGAGACGGCGCGGCUCGAGGGCCGGAUGGACACGAUGGCCAUCAUGCUGCCGCCGCAGGCGCCGACGCUGGGCGCCACGAGCGGCGUCGCACGCUGCCGCGAGUACUGCGACGCGCUCAUGCACGGCUACGCGCUUGAGGACCCAUCGCGCGAACGCUACCAACUGGCAAUCAUGCGGCAGCUCUUCACGCACGAUGCGACGGUCAUUGGCGCGCCGGGCACCGGCGUCGACGCCAUCAUUGCGAAUUGGCAGGCGUACGCGAGCUGUUUUCCCAACAUCCGCAAGGAGUGCCAUGCGUACGACUACAUUGAGGUCGAGACCGACGUGAGCCUCGUCAAGGGCAUUGGCAUGCUCUACUUGCGCAUCAGUCGGGCUACUAUCGAGCAGCUUUUUCCCAGCGUCCUCUGCAACGAGCGGCUCGUGCAGCGACUCGUGGGGCGCGAACUGCCGUGCCCGUGUACACAAAGCUUUUACCUUGCCGACCUCGGCGAACGUCUCAUGGUGACACGCCUCGCGACCGAGAUCGACCUCGUGAGCGCGUUCUACGCGCUCGUCAGCGACGUCGACGACGUCUUGUACCUCUUGGGCGAGAGCAACAUUACGCCGUACGCCCAAAUUCAGAGUCCAUUAAAGCCCAACAAGUGACCUUUUGUACAUAUUAAGAAAUAAUGGUAGUCGUCUAGUUCAACUACGCGCAUAUAACCCUCGAC